GGUUGAAUGAUCUGUUCUCGAGCUGUUCUACUUAUUAUUAUUAUUAUUAUUACAAAGUCCUUACUACUUAUCACUUAUUACUUAUUACUUACUUUUACCUGCUACUUGCGAUUUUGGAUGCAUAGACCAACCACCCAGUCUGUUUUACCACAUACACACAUACAUACAUACACACACACACACACACACACCACACCACACCACACCUCAAUCUCCAUCCAUCUUCCCAAUCCAUCUAUCCAUCCCACCCAUCCCAUCCCAUCCAUCAUCAUCAAAAUCUCUUCCACGCCCACGGCGUCUCUAUCUCAUCACCCCACGACCACAAAUUCACCCCUCCAAUUUAAAUACGAGAAAAUCAAAUCCAUCCAUCCAUUCAUCCGUCCAUCCCGUUCGUGGUAUGCGAUCAGGGAAUCCUCAAUUGUAUUGUUCCCAUUAGGAAGAGGGAGAGACUGAAACAAAAGAAAUAUUUACAGAGUGUCUCAACACCCACCCACCUGGACCAGAUAUCAGCCUCAGAAAGGAUCUCACUCCAUCCAAUCCAGCAAGGCACGCAAGGGAUCUUUUAACCUUUUGGAUUCUUCUCCACACACACACACACACACACACACACACACACACACACACACACACACAUACACACACAUACACACCACCCACCAUUCCAGCAAAGAUAAUAAAAAAAAUAACACACAAUACAUACAUAUACACAUACACACCCACACACACGCCCACACACAAGAAAUACCAUCAGAUUUAAUCUAUCAUGGAGAAUCGUGCCGCUCUCCAAAAGAAGGAUGCUACCAAGGUAGUUGAUCCAGCACCUGGUGUUGCCGCAAAAGGCAAACCUAGAUUAUUAUUGAUGGGUCAAAGAAGAUCUGGAAAGUCUUCGAUAUCUAGCGUUGUAUUCCAUAAGAUGCCUCCAAAUGAAACCCUUUUUCUCGAAUCUACCGCAAGAAUUCAGAAAGAUUCUAUGCAUUCCUUUAUGGAUUUCCAGGUUUGGGAUUUUCCAGGUCAAAUCGAUUUCCAAGAUGCUCAAUUCGAUGUUGAUGCUAUCUUUGGUGAAAUUGGUGCUUUAAUUUGGGUUAUUGAUGCUCAAGAUGACUACCUAGAAGCCAUUGCUCGUCUCAACAGUACCAUUUACAACCUUCAUCAAUCUUUCCCAAACAUUAACAUUGAAGUGUUCAUUCAUAAAGUAGAUGGUUUAUCGGAUGAUUACAUGCUCGAUAUUCAACGCGACAUUAUGCAACGAAUUCAAGAUGAACUCUCGGAUCAAGGAAUGGAAAAUGCACCAGUCAACUUUCAUCUCACAUCUAUUUACAAUCAUUCUAUCUUCGAAGCGUUUAGCAAAGUCAUUCAAAAAUUGAUUCCUCAUCUUGCUACUCUGGAAGCUCUUCUCAAUGAUCUUUGUCGCAAUUGUCGUUUCGAAAAAGCAUACCUCUUCGAUGUUCUCUCUAAGAUCUAUAUCGCAACCGAUUCUUCUCCAGUUGAUAUGCCUUCCUAUGAAAUUUGCAGCGAUUAUAUCGAUGUCAUCGUCGAUGUAUCCGAGAUAUAUGGAUAUCAGCGGUCCCCUGAAUAUAUUUCGAAAUUAGAAGGACCGCCAUGGAAUAAGAAAUUGGAAGAUCAAAUAGCAUGUAAGGAUGCGGAAAGUGUGAUUGUACUUACGGCGGAUAAGAGACCAAUUAUGUUGAGAGAGGUUAAUAAGUAUUUGGCUUUGGUGGCGAUUAUGAAGGAGGGUAGUUAUGAGAAGAUGCCGUUGGUUACGAUGAAUGUGGAGACGGUGGUGGAUGGGUUGACGAAGGUUUUUGAGAUUACGAGGCAGAAGAAGUGAGGGGUGGGGCUUAGAGUUUAGGGAGAAGUUUGGAAGGGGGGGAGUAAAAUCUUAUGGAAUUGUGGGUUGAGCCAUUGAGAUUGAGAUUGGGAUUAUAGCACCUUGCUUUCUUUUGCUCAGAGACAAGUAUUUGUCAUUUUGUGAUGGAGAGAGAAGAAUAGGGAGGAAUAGGGAGGAAUAGGGAGAAAUAGGGAGGGGAUAGCAAGUGAAGCUUCAAAAUACAUGUGUACGUAUAUGUGAGAUGAUCUUACUAAUUAUUGUCAAGACUGGAUAGGAAGUAUAAAUAACUGCAAUGCAAUAAAACACAAUAGAUAGCGCAAGCUAUGAAAUGAAAUAUUAAGACGCUGGGGUAUGA